GAUCACAAAUAGCGCCAGUGCGCAUGCGCCAUCCGCACCGUUUACUGUAUAAUCACAGUGGGGGAAAAGAGAAGGCAACAAAACUAAACCUUUUUUUUUACUGCUAAGUGAAUGCUGCCAUGUAAAUAACCGCCAGGGAAACAAAGGGGGAAUAUCAACAGGAAUCCUUUUAGGUGUGAUGAGACAAAGGAACAAAGGAUGUCUUAGAAGAGAGGCAGCGACGAACAAGGCUGGAACCUGCUUCAAAGCACACCAGAUGGAUAUAUCGCUUCCUCUCCAUCCAGAUCAUGAUACUUGGCUAAAGCUUUAAGCAUUCUCUAUGAUCCCUUCUCCAUCUAUGGCGAACUACAGCCAUGCAGGGGACCACAACAUCUUGCAGAAUGUCUCUCCGCUUGCCACUUUCCUUAAACUGACCUCCCUGGGUUUCAUCAUCGGCGUCGGCGUGGUCGGAAACCUCCUGAUCUCCAUCCUGCUGGUCAAAGACAAGAGCCUUCAUCGAGCACCCUACUACUUCCUUCUGGACCUCUGCGCUUCGGACAUCCUCCGCUCGGCCAUCUGCUUCCCCUUCGUGUUCACCUCCGUCAAGAAUGGCUCAGCCUGGACUUAUGGCACACUGACCUGCAAAGUGAUUGCCUUCUUGGGCGUGCUCUCCUGUUUCCACACUGCCUUCAUGCUGUUCUGCGUUAGCGUGACGCGGUACCUGGCCAUCGCCCACCACCGCUUUUACACCAAGCGGCUGACCUUCUGGACAUGCCUGGCCGUCAUAUGCAUGGUGUGGACUCUGUCGGUAGCCAUGGCGUUCCCUCCAGUGCUGGACGUGGGCACAUACUCCUUCAUCCGCGAGGAGGACCAGUGCACCUUCCAGCACCGCUCCUUCCGCGCCAAUGACUCGUUGGGCUUCAUGCUGCUCCUUGCACUCAUCCUCCUGGCCACCCAGCUUGUCUACCUCAAGCUCAUCUUUUUUGUCCACGACCGCCGAAAGAUGAAGCCGGUACAGUUUGUGCCCGCCGUCAGCCAGAACUGGACCUUUCACGGCCCGGGGGCGAGUGGCCAAGCCGCAGCGAACUGGCUUGCCGGCUUCGGCCGGGGCCCCACGCCUCCGACCCUGCUGGGUAUCCGGCAGAACAGUAAUGCGGCGGGCCGCAGGCGUCUGUUGGUGCUGGACGAGUUUAAGACUGAAAAGAGGAUAAGCAGGAUGUUCUACAUCAUUACCUUCUUCUUCCUGAGCCUGUGGGGACCCUACCUGGUAGCCUGCUAUUGGAGGGUGUUUGCCCGAGGCCCUGUGGUCCCGGGAGGCUACCUGACGGCGGCCGUGUGGAUGAGCUUUGCCCAAGCGGGAGUCAACCCCUUCAUCUGCAUCUUCUCUAACCGGGAGCUUCGGCGAUGCUUCAGCACUACACUCCUGUACUGCAGAAAAUCCAGGUUACCGAGGGAACCCUACUGUGUUAUAUGAAGGUUUGGUGUCAUUUCUUGUUUAUCCGAUGUGGUUUUUGUUUGGAUGCCCUGGUUGGUCAGGGAUGUGUUCAAUUGUACAGCUCUCUCCUCCUCCUGUUCCUCUCACUCCCUUUUCGAGGCCUGUAGUUGAACCAUCUGAAUGGAAUAAGAUGAUUAAUGGACAAAGGACAAGUCCCGCGUUUAUGUUCUAGUAAACAACCAAUGCGAAAGGCCAUUUAAAACCCAAUACGCAAAAAAAGAAGAAAAAAAUAUCUAAAAAAAAUAUAAAACAAAAUGGAAAGAAAAGAAAAAAUGGAUACGUCAAGAAGUGACUGAUCUUUGCUUUGGAUAUCUGGAAGACUCUGGAAAGGGUGUAAAGAAAUCAAACUGUUACCUUAAGGAAUCAUUGGAAUUUGUGUCUAAAAAGUUGCACUAAUGAGAAGACCUGAAGAUGCUUUUAUUUGCUCCGUUGCAUUGCAAGGAUGUCUUGUUUUUCCCAAACUGAAAUACGAAUGCUUUAAUCUGAAACAGACUUCUCUUUCACUGUAAGUAAACAAAACAUGUGGGGUGACUAACUGUUGGAAUACACCUUCACGAGAGGAUAAAUUGGUUUAAAUGUAAGUGAUAUCUUUUUUCCUUUUAGG